AUGAUUUCACAUAUUUAAAAAAGAUGACUUAAAUUUAACAUGUCUCAAACCACAGAUUGAUGAAAUUAAUAAUGUCUCUAGUUGUUAUAUCAUCAUGAGAUGGGCUCGCUUCCAACCUGUAUAUAAAUAAAACUUUCUUCUGUUUUCGGACUCCCAUUCAGACACUGUGAAGCCAAUUAUUUACAACCUCAGCAGUUCAUGGUCAGAUGUAUAUGAAAUAAAUGGCGAUGUAAGAAUCCAUGGUAUCUCGUCCACCAUUUUCAUUGCUUCAAGCCAAGAAGAGAACUCCAGUUCUUGGACUGCAAAGCCUUAUGCAAGAAAAGGGGAUUCACUGGCUAUGGAAAGGAUCAAGGAGUUAAAAAUCAAAUAUCAAGCAAUUGACACAAUCCCUCCUUGUGACCAAAAUUUCACAAUUCCGGCGAUCGUUUUCUCCACCGGAGGAUACGUCGGAAACCACUACCAUGCGUUCACCGACGUGCUCAGUAGGCUUUUCUCGACGUCUCAACGAUUCAACCAAACAGUUGUCUUUGUUAUAACGGACAAGUCUUCCGACUGGACUUCAAAGUAUAAACGUAUACUCGAUAAACUGUCCAAAUACGAUGUUUAUGACAUCGACAAGGAAAGCAAAGUGCUGUGCUUUUCAAGAGUGAUUGUAGGCCUCAAAGCCCACAAGAACGUUAUCGCUGAUCCGUGGGAUUUAGGACAUCAUUCAAUCAGGAAUUUCUCAGAGUACCUGAGAAGUGUGUAUUCAUUGGGGAGACAGUCCGUGAAUCGUUGUCGGACGUGCAAAAUUGGACGGCCUCGAAUGCUCAUCAUUUGCAGAAGAAAGUCUCGUCGUUUGUUGAACAAACACGCGAUCGCUAGCUUCGCAAGAACAUUGGGAUUUGAGGUUGUAUUGAAACAAAUGGUGUGGAAUGUGUCGUUAGUUGCACAGCUCGUGAACUCUUUCGACGUGAUGGUCGGAGUGCACGGUGCCGGUCUUACCAAUAUGGUUUUCCUUCCUGAGAAUGCAGUUGUUGUCCAAAUCGUACCACUGGGGUUGGAUUACAUUGCAAGAACUUGCUUCCAAAUGUCUGCAGAGAGCAUGAAGUUGAGGUAUUUAGACUACAAGGUAACCCUAAAUGAAAGCUCUUUGUUUGGAAACUAUUCACUUGACAAAACAGCCAAGAAAGGAUUUGAAGAAUUUCGUUCUGUGUAUCUGGAUCAUCAAGAUAUAAAUAUUGAUUUAGGUAGGUUUAAGAGAACUCUUUUGAGAGCAUUAGAGCUUGUUCCUACUUAGGGUUUGUGUUCUGCAGUUACAUGUCCAUUUGCUUGUUCAAAAUUUUGGUAUAGAAAAAUCAUAGUUUAAGUUUCUUUUCAACCCAUUUUUGGUAAGUUUUUACCUCUUAACUACUUUGAAAAUGUAAGUACAGUGAACUCAGUUUUCCAAAUUCAAAAUUCCUUAAAAAAGUUGAUCAUUCUCUAUAUUACAA